GAGACUACUGUAGCCUAUGUUUUACUGAGACUUCAUCAACUCGAAGCAUGGCGACGUCCCUCUCUUCCUUUAACAAUUCAGCGAAAACGAAAGGGGCCCCUACCCCUGAACAAGCUGCUGCAGCUUUCAAUGAGCUAAGGCAGCAGCAAAGACUUUUAGCCUCAAGGAUUUCAGAGGUUGAAAUGGACAUGAAAGAACAUGACCUUGUUAUCGAAGUUUUGAAAGGUGUUGAUCCAAACCGAAAGUGCUAUCGUAUGAUUGGUGGUAUCCUUGUUGAGAGGACUGUAGAUGUUGUCCUGCCUGGCUUAGCCACGAGUCGAGACAAGAUGAAAGAGUACACUGACUCAUUGAGGGGGAACCUGGAGACUAAAGGGAAAGAACUCGUUGCGUUCCGGGAAAAGUACAACAUCAAAAUUAGAACCGAUGACCCGAAAGAUGAGAAGGAGGAGCCCUCAGCAAAAUCAGGGGAGCGACAAGCGAACAUUUUAGCCAGUGUUUAGUUGUACUUGUAGUUAAUGCAUACAGAAUGUGUGCUUGGUUGAAAUGCAAGAUGUAAGAGUUUGUGUGUGUUUGGCAGUAUAAGAGUGCUUGUGUACCCCUCUCUCGGUCUCAACUUUUUCUAAAGGUUUUAUGUUAGAAGUCUCUUGGUAGAACUAAGCAUCAUGUGUUGAUUAUAUCUUAGUUGUGGUAAAUUGUAUAAAAGUAUUUGGUCAUGCAAAAUGUUUUUCCUCCUGCAGACAAGGUAAAAUUGUUAAAUUUAAGUUUAAGACAAAUGUAUGAAUACGUGAUUCAAGAAAUGGUUAUUAAACUACUUCUCGGUAGUUCCUGUGGAUAAUAUUCAUAUAACAAUGAAACCUGUGUACAUAGUGUACCCUAUCCUUUUCUGUCUUACUUGUUUUAAAAUUGCAGUUUUGCUUGCAUUUGUGUUCUGUGCUUUUGAAUGAGUCUGGUUGGUAGAACUGUAUAUUUGGAUGGAUACAAUUCUGAAUGAAUAGAAAUGUUUUGUUGCCUGACUGGCAAGCAGAGGUGGAAGUGAGAAGUAAUUGCUCUGUGUCUUGAAAUACUGAACAAUGAAGGGGUAGGGGUAAAGACUCUCUGCUUCUCGUAGUUAUUGACAAUGUGGUUUCCUUUUGGCAUUAACUGUGUUACGUUGACAGACACACCGGCCGUGCAGGUGCAGUGCUUUAUAUUUUAUUGCAGUGCAAACGAUAGUUUUUACCGUUUUAUUGUUAGUAAUGUUAAUAUUAAUAUAAUUGCAGGGACAUUCACUGCAAUUUUGCAAUAGCAUCUUUUGUCAGACUUCUUCAGUUGUGACUUCUUUUGCAUGAAACUAGCAUUACUCGUUCAUAUAUUUAGUUCUUCUGUUUCAAGGGAGAAGUAUAUAAGAAAAGUAUAGUACAGUCGACUGCUUUCAAAAAACUAAAAAAAACCCACUAACUUCCAUUUCAGUUACAGACUAUUCGAUUCCACAUUCGAACCCUAUAAAUAAUAAUAUAAAGUGUAAGGGGUAAAUUUCUGUGAUGUAAGGGGAUUUUGAGUGUUUUCACUAAGGGUUGUAAUUUCCUGACGACAUUGAUUGAAAUCAAUCUCAAAUAUAUGACCAUAUAUUUACUGAAAGCUGGAUGGCUGGGCAGAACCAUACAACUUAAAAAAAUAACGUUUCCUUCUCCUGCUGACCUUGAUGGUCGUUAAUUCAUUUUGGUGGACGAGAGUAUGCACUUCAAAGGCCUGAAGAAAUUCGAGGAAUACAUCUGAAGUAGCAGCUAAAUUAUGGAUGAAGUAACAAAUUUAUGAGGCAUUGUGGUGAAAUCAGGCGCUCGUCAAAAUAAUAAAAUUGAAAAAAUUGGCACUUUCCAGCCAGUUUGGAAAUUUUUAUCAAAUUUUUUUUUUUUUUUUUUUUUGGCUCUUUUAGGUCCAUAAUAAAAAACAUAUUUUCAUGUGAAUUUUACUAGAAAAACAUUGAUUAAAGGCACAAAAUGUGUCAUUUGUCAGCUUUCAAAUACUCUUAAGCUGUUGGAGUUACCAAAUUUUGGUGGCCAUUUUCUUGCUAAUUUCACCCCUGAACCCUGGCGACCUCACUUCCUUCAAUUGCAAAUAUCUUGAAGAUAUAUGGGUAUUUAUUUCAUUGGAAGCAUGGCAAAUAAAUCAGCUUUCAGAUAACUCUACAUGCCUAACAAUUGACGAGCGCUUGAUUCCACCAGAUCGUGACACAUAAUUUAUGUCUGAUUGAACCAGCUGAUGACACUUAAGGAUCAUAAAUUAUAGGGGGAAAAAAUGGAUUGGGAAUAUUUUUGUGCAGUUGUCUUUUUAAGUAAAAAUGGUUUUUAAAUUGUGUAGUCUGCAUCCCAUUCAUUACUUAAAACACUGACAUUUUCUUCUUCAAAAUAAAAGUGUUUAUAUGUUUUC